CUUUUCUCAGGCCAGAUGGUUUAUUCCUCCCAGAAGCCCCCAGUCCGUAACAACAUGGCGGCGCCCACACGGCACGUAGGGCAUUUUAUCCCUAAGAACAUCCAAUUUUUGCGAAAUAAUUUUGAGCAGUUCUGGAGUCACAGGAGUUUUGGUUGGACUCCAGCUUUGCGACAGCAAGCCGCAGAAGCCAACACAGAUAGUUUUGUCAUCCCCAGGAAGAAAACAUGGCGCAAGGAGGCAGUGCUGGAGACCCUGGCUUCGACUGUCGGCCGCGAUCCUACAGCACAUCCCUACCUCUUCCAGGAUGACCCGUACCUCUCUCCCAGGACCUCCAAUGAGUUUAGGAUGUACUCUCUCUCUCAGGAGUCUGGAAGAUCCGCUGCAAAAUACUUUGUCGACUGCAACCCCAAGUUCUUCACCAAAGACUUUGCUGAACCACACAUACCAUGUCUGAUGCCGGAGACUGUGUCACUGCUACUUGAUGAGAUGAGUGAGGAGGCACUGAAGGAACGAAUCAGCUUGAGGAAAGUUACAGCUGCUGUCGACAUGUAUGAUCAACUGAUCCAAGCUGGCACAGCGGUCUCUAUGCAAACAGCCCAUGAACUGUUGGACCUGAUCUGUCUCUACUGUGACAAAGACCCUGUCCAGGGUGGGCCGCAGGCAGAAGACACGGAGGAGCCGGGAGAGGAGCUGAAGAAAAGGAAGGGGAGGUUCCGUCGGCCUUCAGACGUGCUGAGGUCCACCUGGAGAGAAAACAACAACGCCGAGAGGAUCUUCAACCUGCUGCCAGAGAGAGACACACGCUGUUACUCUGCUCUGAUCAGAGGCAUGGUGAAGCAUGGAGCCUAUGCGAAGGCCUUCAGCGUAUACACAGACAUGCUUAACAACAGAGUGACUGCUGACGUGCACAUCUUCAAUGCUCUACUGUUGGCCACUCCAGAAGUCAGAGAUAAAUACAAGGAGAGAUGGGACCUCAUCACUGAGCUGUUGAACCAGAUGAAGGAACAGAAAGUUCAGCCCAACCUGCUCACCUUCAACAGUGUCCUCAAAGCUCUGCGACGCUGUGGCUUUCUGGCCAAAACACAAGCUCUUUGCACUCUGAAUGAGAUGAAGGCUGUGGGAAUAGCCCCCAGCCUGGCCUCCUUUGACCACAUCCUGGCGGUCUUUUUCAGAGCAGCCAACACUGGUGAGAGCAACACUGACGUUUUACAGGAAGUGAUGUCAGAGCUGGCAGGAAGCAGCCUCAGCUGCCAGGACCCCGAUGAUGUUCUGUUCUUCUCAAGCGCGAUGAGACUAUGCAUGGAUAAUAAAGAUCUAGAGCUGGGCUAUAAGGUCCAGAGUCUAGUAGAACAGGGGGAGAACUGGAGGCUUCUGGGUGAUACCCACCAGCAGACUGUUUUUUAUGGUCGCUUCUUCAACCUGUUAUGUAUGAUGGAGCACAUUGACGUGGUGCUGAAGUGGUACAGACGGCUCGUUCCCUCGUUGUACUACCCGAACCAUCAUGGGCUGAGGGACCUUCUGCAGGCUCUGGACACAGACGGUCGCCUGGACCUUCUGCCCACUAUAUGGAAAGACAUCCGGUCUCUGGGUCACGACAACAAGCCCGAUCUGGUGGAGGAGGUGCUCACUCUGAUGGCCAGGGACACGCACAGUCCAGAGGUUCAGGAGGCGUUCGCGUUGUGCGCUCUGGAUGUGAAGAGUGUGUUUGGGGCAGACAGAGGGAGGCAGAGUCUGGAGUGGAGCAACGCCUCCCUCUCUCACAUCACCUCCCUGCUGCUGCGAGCCAACAAAACCCAACAGGCCUGGGAGAUGCUGCAGCUCUUCAAAUCCGAGAACAGAGUUCCCAACGAGGGGCUGUUGAAGGACUUCCUGUCGGCGUGCCGCAGCCACGGCUCUCCCUCAAGAGCCGUAGAGCUGGUGCAGCUGUCUGCUGCCUUCUGUCUGUCCGCAACACCCAAACUGGCGAAGCAGGCGCUGGCCGAGUUUGACGUAACGGAGGAGCAGAGAGCCGUGUUAUCUGAACUGGAGGCUACAGGAGAGGUCUCUGACUGAAGGAGAGAAUAGUGGAUGAACUGCUAUGAUGCCGAGCCAUUUAAAUGAAAACCUGCUAAUCUAUAGUGUGUUUGUGUUCCUGUAUCUGUGUGGUUAAAAUAAACAUUGCGUAAAUGAGA